GUAAGGCGCACUUAGCAGCAGUACUGUGCGUCUGGGACCCUGCUUUUCUCUGAGUGCUGCUCUCAUCUUCUGCUGGUUUGGACCUUGGAGAGGAGACUCACUCUCACCUUCCUGUGAUUUGGAUUUUGGAGAAGAAUCUUCAGUGAAGCCAAAGCGUGGACAGCCCAUGCCAGUCAACAGCAUCAGGUUGAGCCUGAUGUGAAGUUUCGAGACCUCCUUUGAAUCUGGAGAGGUGGCAGUCGUGCGAAGAGCUCUGAUGACCAACACCAACCUCCAUGCAAAUCAGGUGUAGUGCUUGUUGUCAAGCCAAGAGACCUGGCUUGUGGAGUUACAUCACAGCCUGAAGAUACUGCUUCUUUUAAUUUUCUGGCCAGAAAAGAAAUUGAGAGAAAGAAGGAGAAAUGACAGUUUCUCAGUGCUCAGUGACCUAUGAAGAUGUAACAGUGAUAUUUACUCAAGAGGAGUGGGCACUACUAAAUUCUUCAGAGAAGAAACUCUACAGAAAUGUGAUGUGGGAAAACUUUAGAAACAUUCUGUCAAUAGGACAGUUACAAGAGGAUCAUUCCAUCAAAGAGCAGUACAACUACCAAGGAAGUAAAAGUAAUAUAGUGGAAAUCUCUGAGGCCAAAGAACAAAGUCAAAAUGGUGGGAAUCCUCAAGAAUGUGAAGUAUACAACAAAGAAUUGACUCAUUCCAGUCAGCUUAAAAAACAGAAAAGAAUUCCUAUUGGAAAGAAAUCUUAUCAACGUAAACAUUGUAGUAAAACAUUCAGUCAAACCGGUGAUCUUCAGAGACAUGAAUGUAAACAAUGUAGGAAAACAUUCAGUUAUUCCAGCAAACUUCAGAUACAUGAAAGAACUCACAGUGGUGCGAAGCCUUAUGAAUGUAAACAUUGUAGUAAAACAUUCAGUGAAAGCGGUACUCUUCGGAAACAUGAAAGAAUUCACAGUGGAGAGAAACCCUAUGAGUGUAAACAAUGUUGUAAAACAUUCAGUCGAUGCAGUUAUCUUCGGAUACAUGAAAGAACUCACAGUGGAGAGAAACCCUAUGAAUGUCAACAAUGUAGGAAAACAUUCAUUCACUCCAGUAAUCUUCGGACACAUGAAAGAACGCACAGUGGAGAGAGGCCAUAUGAAUGUAAACAAUGUAGGAAAACAUUUAGUGAUAACAGUGCUUUUCGGAAACAUGAAAAAAUGCACAGUGGAGAGAAGCCCUAUGAAUGUAAACAGUGUAGUAAAACAUUCAGUGAAAGUGGUACUCUUCGGAAACAUGAAAGAAUGCACAGUGGAGAGAAACCCUAUGAGUGUAAACAAUGUUGUAAAACAUUCAGUCGAUGCAGUAAUCUUCGGGUACAUGAAAGAACUCACAGUGGAGAGAAACCCUAUGAAUGUCAACAAUGUAGGAAAACAUUCAUUCACUCCAGUAAUCUUCGGACUCAUGAAAGAACGCACAGUGGAGAGAGGCCAUAUGAAUGUAAACAAUGUAGGAAAACAUUUAGUCAAUCCAGUCAUCUUCGGAUACAUGAAAGAACUCACAGUGGAGAGAAACCCUAUGAAUGUAAACAAUGUAGGAAAACAUUUAGUGAUAACAGUGCUCUUCGGAAACAUGAAAGAACGCACGGGGGAGAGAAACCCUAUGAAUGUAAACAGUGUAGAAAAACAUUCCUUCUAUCCAGUCAUCUACGGAGACAUGAAAGAACCCACAGUGGAGAGAACUUCUAGGAAUGGAAACAAUGUAGUAAAGCCUUUGGUGAUUCCUCUACUCAUCAGUUACUUUAAAGAACUCACACUGGAGAUAAAGCCAUGAAUAUACAUGAUGCAGUGGAACAUUCAGUCAAUUCAGUCCUCUUUAAUCACAAGAAAUAAUGCACAAUGGAGAGAAACCCUAGUAUUAUAGACAAUACAGAAAUCCUUUCAGUUCUUCCACGACUCAUAGAGCAUAUGAAAAUAAGCACAGUGUUAUUUAAACAGUGAGUUUGGUAAUCUUCAGUCACAUGAAAGUGCUCACAGGGCAUUGAAAACAUUAAGUAAAGUUUUCAAAAUAAUUAGAGAUCGUAUUUUCUUUUUUUAUUUUUAAUACUCCCUUUUGUUGCCCUUGUUUUAUUGUUGUAGUUAUUAUUGAUGAUGUUGUUGGAUAGGACAGAGAGAAAUGGAGAGAGGAGGGGAAGACAGAGAGAGUGAGAGAAAGGUAGACACCUGCAGACCUGUUUCACCACCUGUGAAAUGACGCUUCUGCCGAUGGGGAGCCGGGGACUCGAACCAGGAUCCUUACACUGGUCCUGGUGCUUUGUGCCACAUGUGCUUAACCCGCUGCACUGCUACCUGACUCUCAAGAUCAUAUUUUCUUAUAUGAUCUAUCUAAAUAUGUAUUUAUUCAUGUAGAAUGAUAGGAAGAGAUACAGAUAGACUCAGAUUUCACUUUACUACAGGUCUGUGCUGCUGGGGAUUGAACUUGGGACUUCCUGCUUGAGAGUCUAAAGCUAUAUUAUUGUACCACCUCCUGGAAUAUCUUCAUCUUCAAUUCUAAUACAUAGGAAAGCCCACUAGGUACUGAAAGUCUAUUAAUGUGAAAAUGAUUAAAUAUUUAAAUACAGUGACAUUUUUCACACAUAGGAAUGCAGUAGCAUUAGAAACAAGGCCUUGGGCCUGGGUGGUGGUGCACCUGGUUGAGUACAUAUGUUACAAUGUGCAAGGAUCCAGGUUGAAGCCGUUGAUCCCCACCUGCUAUGGGAUAGUUUCAUGAGUGGUGAAAGUAGGGCUGUAGGUGUCUCUCUGUCUUUCUCCCUCUGCAUGUCCCUCUUCCUCUCCAUUUCUGGUUGUCUCUAUCAAAUAAAAAGAAGUUAAUAAAAAAUAAAGAAACAAGACUGUAUCGGUGUAGAUACUAUGGAAAUACUGGACUACUAAAAACUUGUACAUAAGAGACAGCCAUUGAUGAUAAAUCAGACCUCUUACCUUCUGCACCCCAUAAUGAUCCUGGGUGCAUACUUCCAGAGAGAUAAAGGCAGGAAAGCUAUCAACGGAGGGGAUUGGAUAUGGGAGUUCUGGUGGUGGGACUUUUGUGGAAUUGUACCCCUCUUAUCCUAUCUUAUCUCUUAUGCAUAUUUUUCUUGGAAGUUGUAUUAGCUUCCAAGAUUGUGAUUGAUGACCUUUUUUUACUUGGAAAUGUAGAGUUCUCAUCUUUGUAUCAAUAGUCUUCAUUAUUUUAUGAAGGAACAACAUUUUUUUAAAGAAUUUAUUUAUGAGAAAGAGAAAAGAGUGAAAGAACCAGACAUCACACUGGUACAUAUGCUGCCUGGGAUUGAACUCAGGACCUCAUGCUUGAGAGUUCUAUGCUUUAUCCACAGUGCCACCUCCUGGAUCAGAGGAACAACAUUUUAUUUAUCUUCUCUAGCAUAUGUUUAUGUUCAGAUGAUCUCAUGAAUGUUUUAAAAUGCAGUACAAAGAUGUGAUUUUGCAAACUAUACAUUGAUAUUCUGUUUCUCAGCCUGGUGUAACACCUGUUUUACUUGCUGCACAUAAAAACAAUUAGGAAAUGGUAGAAUUUUUAAUAAGCAUGUGAGAAAUUUACAUGUAUAUGAUAACAUUUGAGCACCAACGAAGUGAAUCCUGUGGGCGAGAGGCUUGUCUAAUUCCCCUGGAAGCACAGGGAGUUGUUGAGUGCACUAUUCUGCCCUAAUACAGUAAAGACUUUGAGGGAGAGGCGGCUUUGGUUCCUUUAGACACAGGGAGUUGGAGGCCAUACUCACCAACAUGAACACAGCGAAUCCUGGGGAGGGAGACUGACUCAUAAUUUUUUACUAUACAAGUCUCACUUCUUUGGUUAGGUUUAUUCCUAGAUAUUUUAUUUUAUUUAUUUUUUUCUAUUCUUUUUAAAAAUUUACUUCUUUAUUGGGCAAUUAAUGUUUUACAUUCAACAGUAAAUUCCUAGAUAUUUUAUUGUUUUUGUUACUAUCGUAAAAAGAGUUGAUCUGGAUGAAAAAAGUUUCUUCUUUGCCGCAUCUACUGUGAGAAUGAAGACCAUUCUCAGCAAUCAGACCAUCAGUAUUCCAGAGAAUGUCAAUAUCUCUCUGAAGGGCCUCAUGGUCACCUUGAAGGGCCACAGAUGCACCCUAUGGAGGGACUUAAACCACAUCAACGUAGAGCUCAGUCUCCUUGGAAAGAAAGAAAAAGAAGCAGCUCCAAGUUGACAAAUGGUGGGGAAAUAGAAAGGAACUGGCUACUGUUCACACUGUCUUCAGCCAUGUACAGAACAUGAUCAAGGGAGUUAUAAGGGAGAGACCACUGACUCAAGGAUGUGGCCUUAGAAUUGUCUCAGGAGGGAGUCAGGUGGUAGCACAGUGGGUUAAGCACACAUGGCGCAAAGCGCAAGGACCAGCUUUUGCCCCGGCCAGCAGGGCGGUGAGCAGGGGCUAGGAACCCAAUGAGACCUGAAAUGAUAGGGACAAGAGAAACGAAGAACGACAGCAAGUCAAGUUUCUGAUCAAGCUGUAAAUUUUAUUGUGAGCACAGGCAUU